AUGUCGUCAUGUGUAAUUCAGAGCGGUGGCCACAGCGGAUCCGCUAAGAGAUCCGUUGGCAGCCAACGCGCUGCCAAACGACACAGCGUUGGCAGCGGAUCCGCUGCCACACGGACAGCGGUUCCGCUAGCAUCUGAUCCGCUCCAUGGGGGAGCUUAUUUACCGCUAACGCUAACAUUAAAAAAAAAAGAAAAAAAAAAGAAAAACUUACUUUUUUUAUUAGACCGAGAUCCAUCUUCACUAUUACCCAUCGUUCUCUGCGCUCUCUACCUUCGAUCUCCAUCUUCUCUCUACAGCCACCUGCAUCCCGAUCUAUACACCUUACAAUGGAUCCAGAAACUCGAGCUUCUUUGUGUCCACAGCUUCACCCACCUGUUGAUUGAUCUCUACACCUCAGUCGAUCCAGAAUCAGAAGCUUCUUUGAGUCAACAGCUUCACCUACCUGCAUCCCGAUCUGUAGACCUCAGUCGAUCCAUUCACAUCACAGCUUCUUAUUUGUGUCCACAGCUUCAGAGCUUCGGAGAGAUUCAUUUGCUGACUUCAUUUUCCUCUUACCCCCUGGUUCUUGGUAGUCGGAUCCCCAAGAUUGAAUGGGAGGAUCUCAUUGUCAAAUUUAAUGCCAAGACAAAAUUGUGUUGGCCAAAGCAUGCUUUGAAAAACAGAUGGGAUGCACUCAGAAAGGAUUGGACCUUGUGGACGAAAAUGAUGUCUAAGGAUACCGGUAUUGGAUGGAAUCCUGAGUUGGGUACGGUUGAUGCUACUAAUGAAUGGUGGGAAGAAAGAUUUAAGGAGAACAAGGAGUAUGCCAAGUUUCGCAAACAUGGAUUCAAGUUCAAACAAGAACUUGAGUUUUGUUUUGCAGGGACGUAUGCCACUGGUGCAUAUCGAAGGGCACCUUCAAGUGGUGUGGUACAGACUCAAAAUACAUCCGUGCGGAUUGAAAAUCAGAACCAGGAGGACUCAGAUGGUUUUCAGGCAUGGUUUGAUGAUGAACCCUAUGUGCCUGAUCCACCCUUGCAGGACUUGAACAUUGAUAUCAGCCCAGUACGAGUGGUGAAUGAACACCAUGAUGAGGUCUAUUCUACAGCUACGUCCCCGCUAAAAGUUCAGUCAGUAACACCAACACAUACAAAUGGUAGCUUUCGUAAAAGGUCUUCUCAAAUGAGUGGUAGCAGGAUUCGCAAGAAGCAAGCCACCAACAAGGAUGAACACAUGGUUGAGCUGGUACAAGCUGUGUAGAACGUGGCUGGGAGAUUGAAUUCACCUUCACAUGGUUCAAGCAUGGGAGAAAUUGGAGUGCAAAGCCAGUAUGGUAGAGCUACUGCAAUUCUGAAGAAAAUGUUACAUGAACAACAUUUGAGUACAGAUUUGUAUUUAUUUGCAGUGGACUUGUUGCGGGACAACAUGAACAGCGAAUUCUUUAUCGACUGUGAUGAUGUACUGCGAUUGCCUUUUAUAGAGAGGAAGUUUACUCAAUAUCAGAAUGGGAAAAACUUCGCCGGUUUGUGAAUUCUGAAUCUUGCUUGACUUGCUGAUUUUGUGGUUACAUUUCUGGGGUGACACGCAUUUUAACCACUAGUUUUUGUAUUAGGGUAUAUGUAUUAUGUUUAUUAUGGAAUGUUUAUUAAGGUACUAUGUAUUAUGUACAUGUUGGAAGCAGUUUAGUGGUGGAAUGGUUUUUUUUUUCAUAUUAA